AUGUUCAACUCGGCAACAUUAUAUGAGAAUCAAGAGGACGAUGUUGUUGUUGAUGAGAAAAGAUCCCAUUUGAGUCUCCCUGAAACUGCACCGGUUAGAAAUGGCUGGAGGGGGGCAAAUGAUGCAAAAGUCAAAGCCAAUUGGAAGACAGGGUUGAGUCAAGAAUGGUCAAAGUUUGCCAAUGCAUUGGAAUUUUCAGUCAAGGUUGAGGACUGCGAAGCAGUUGAGUUUUCCCAGUUAAACGGCGCCGAUAAUGAAAUGAAAUGA